UUAUGGGGCAGAAUAACGCGCGCGUGUGCAUGUUUAUGUCAACAAGCCUAUAAUUCACGACUCUUUAUUAAACACACUGCAGCCAGACUCUGUUUAUUAGUGUCUGCCUGUGUGUCAGUCUGCAGUUGUGGAUCUGUCGCGUUUAUUUUAACCUAGAAGAACAGAUUGCGGGUUGCCCUACAUUUGCCAUUUGCCAAGGACUGCUCAUAUUAACUCAGGAAUCAUGAGUUCUCAGGUGAGGCAGAACUUCCACCAGGAAUGUGAGGCGGCAAUAAACCGCCAGAUUUACCUGGAGCUCUACGCCUCAUAUGUGUAUCUGUCCAUGGGCUAUUAUUUCGACAGAGAUGACAAGUCUCUGCCCAACUUUGCCAAGUUUUUCCGCGAUCAGUCGAAGGAGGAGCGAGAGCACGCGGAGAAGCUGAUGAGUCUGCAGAACCAGAGAGGAGGACGGAUCUUCCUGCAGGACAUCAAGAAGCCAGAUCGGGAUGAGUGGGGCAGUGGUCUGGAAGCUCUAGAAUGUGCUCUGGCUCUGGAAAAGAGUGUCAAUCUGUCUUUACUGGAGCUUCACAAGGUGGCGACUCAACACAACGAUCCUCAUGUGUGUGAUUUUCUGGAGACGCAUUACCUGGAUGAGCAGGUGAAGUCCAUCAAGGAGCUGUCGGAUUGGGUGGGCAGUCUUCGGCGCAUGGGAGCCCCUCAAAACAACAUGGCUGAAUAUCUGUUCGACAGACACACUCUGGGCAAAGAAAGCUCUUAGACCAUCAGUCAGCCAUAUGCAGGGAAAUCUGCUGUAGUUUAUAGAGUUACUGAACCCUUCACAAGCCAUAGCUGAUGUCCAAACAACAUACAGCUGAAGUCAGAAUGAUUCACCCUCCUGUGAAUUUUUUGAUGUUGAACAGAUUCAGGAAUUUUUCACAGUAUUUCCUAUAAUAUUUUUUCUUCUGGAGAAAGUCUUGUUUGUUUUAUUUUGGCUAAAAUAAAAACAUUUUUUUUAAGGUCAAUAUUAUUAGCCCCUUUAAGCUAUAUUUGUUAUGACUUGUCUGCAGAACAAACCACUGUUAUACAAUAACUUGCCUAAUUACCCUAACUUUAGCCUAAUUAACCUAGUUAAGCCUUUAAAUGUCACUUUAAGCUGUAUAGAAGUGUCUUGAAGAAUAUCUAAUCAAAUAUUAUUUACUGUCAUCAUGGCAAAGAUAAAAUAAAUCAGUUAUUAGAAAUGAGAUAUUAAAACUAUUAUGAUUAGAAAUGUUUUAGGGAAAAUCUUAUGUCCAUUAAACUGUAAUUGGGGAAAAAAUAAACAGGGGGGCGAAUAAUUCUGACCUCAACUGUAUAUGUCACAUGUAUUACUGUAAUACUAUGCAAUAUUAUAUAUAUGUAAUCAAUCAAAUGAGGUGGUGUCUAAAAUAAAUCUGCCUAAAAUGGUGA